ACAAACCCUGAGCACCCCAGCGCGGUUCUUCGCGAACUGAACAGUCUGAGGAAGGAGGCAGAGCUGAUUGACGUGGUUCUGGAGGUGGAAGGGAAAAGUUUCCCCUGUCACCGUGCCGUCCUGGCAUCCUGCAGUCCGUACUUCCGUGCCAUGUUCACCAGCAGCUACGCCGAGGCCAGACAGGACAGGAUCACCAUCUGGGAUGUCAGUGAGGUUGCCAUGGCAACCAUUUUGGACUAUGCCUACACCGGUUGCCUGGAGACAGAGCCGGACCAGGUGCAGGCCGUGAUUUUCCCCUGUCACCGUGCCGUCCUGGCAUCCUGCAGUCCGUACUUCCGUGCCAUGUUCACCAGCAGCUACGCCGAUGCCAGACAGGACAGGAUCACCAUCUGGGAUGUCAGUGAGGUUGCCAUGGCAACCAUUUUGGACUAUGCCUACACCGGUUGCCUGGAGACAGAGCCGGACCAGGUGCAGGCCGUGAUGUCUGCAGCCGGACUAUUCCAGGUGGGUUUCGUAUGCCAUCAGGCAGCAGAGUACAUGAAGGAGCAUCUGGAUGUGUCCAACUGUGCUGAUGUCCUGAUGUAUGCUGACAUGCUGGGGGACUCGGGCCUGGUGGUGGACAGCGAGAGAUACAUCGCAUCCAGGUUCAACCAGGCGGUGCUACAACCCUCCUUUCUCCAGUUGUCUCUGCCCCAACUCCAGUCACUGCUAGAAAGUGACGAUCUCAUCACCCAAUCAGAAGACGACGUUGUCCAAGCCGCUCUAAGAUGGAUCGAUUUUAACCAAGCAGAGCGCUUGCAGCACCUCCCUGCACUUUGCAAAACAUUGCGCCACCCCUUCAUCAGCUCAAAACAGCGUGAAGAAAUCGAGGGUAAGUGUCUGUCAUCACCAGACAGUACGUUAGUCUACAGCGAAAGCACAACCCAACGGCUGGGGCAGAAGCGAACCGAAAUGCAGAUCAUCCUAGUGUGUUGUUUCGACGGCACUGAUGAACACAUGUAUGUUCCUUGCUACAACCCCGCCACGGGCGCAGCGUACGCUAUUGAUCUACCUGAAGACAUACCCUGGGAUUACUCUAUGCUGUCUAUGGCCGCCACCCCUGAUGGUGACCUGUACCUGGCAACAGACAUUGAUACCAGUGAUCAGGAAUCGAGGACCAACAGGGAGGGGAAAUUCUACCUGUACAACCACCUGCUGGCCACCUGGGAGCCAAAAUGUGAGAUGAUUGCGAAGACGGCCAGGUAUAACCUCGUGUUCCUUGAUGGGUACAUCUAUGCUAUUGGUGGUGAUAAUGAGAAAGGAAUGGCAGAGAGGUACGACCCCAGCCGUGACGAGUGGACGUCCAUACCGCCCUUCCCUCACCGGUACCCAAGGUACCCGCAACUCUGCACUGUGGCUCUCGGUGACAGCAUCUACGUCAUAAGAAAGGAAGGCUGCAGCAGGUUCAGUACCACAGAGAACAGGUGGGACAAGAUCGCAGACAUGGUCGAACAGCCAAAGUGUCCAAUGGCCAUCACGUAUCAGGGUAGCAUCUACUGUGUGAAGGGAGACUCAGAAGACAUGUUACCGACUUAUGUAGAGGUGUACAACCCUGCGGAUGGCGUGUGGAAGCGCACUGGGAAUGGCAAGUCCUUUGUCUACAACAAGGGGAUACUGACAACACACGAAGGGACUCUCGAAGCAACCCUGAUGACGCAUGGCGAGACUCUGUACCUACUCACUGCACACAGUGGCAUUUGGGAGGAAAAUAAUGUACGGUACCGGUCCAAUUGCAAGUUAUAUGUCUACAAAUACCGGCCAGAGACUGACUCGUGGGCGUCCGUUGGAAAGGCAGCCAAGCGCAGGCUGGUUCCACCCAAAUGUUGCCAUGACUUUUUUUUUACAGAUUUCGUGGUGGCAAGGAUGUUCCCAAGCUGGCUGGGUUACUUACAACAGUGAACUUGAGGAGGAGUAGAUCUGAUGAAGAAAGACUCAGAAUGGCGGGGGGGGGGUAUGACGAGCACUCGCGAAGACGUUUCUGAAACUGAUUGAGAGUCACCGAUCUCGGAAUGCGUUAGGUUUAAAGAAUUUCCUUAUCAAAUUAAUAUGUGUACGCAUCUAAAA